AUGAUUGAGUCACUCACCGUGUUGACGUUCAACGUCCGAUCGAUGAAGAACGCAGUCAACCAAGUCAAAAUCAUCCGUUAUCUCAAAACCCUUCGGCCGGCCCCUGCGGCCAUCCUCCUGCAAGAGCACCACCUCAGCUACAACGCGUCGCGCGAAGGCUUCGAGAGUGCUUGGCCGGGGGCUUGUAUUCGUUUCACUCCUCAUGUCCUUACCCUAUACCCGAUGGCUCACCUUUGGCGGGCAUCUCCUUUCCUCUACCCCGGUCGUCUUUGCAGGAGCUCCUCGUUUCGACGGUCGGAUUCUGCGCUCGGUGUUUCGUCUUGAGGAGCUCGAUGUCGAGAUCAUCAACAUGUACGCGCCGGUGCAGGAGGACGAUCGUCGCGACUUUUUCGGGCUUCUGCACUUCAACGCCCCGAGACCCAAGACUCUUCGGAUCUUGGCCGGCGAUCUCAACGAUUGUCCGGAUGUAUCGGUCGACGAGUGUCCAUCACCGAUCGCGCUUGGACUCCUGUAUCGCACUGGCAGACCUUGCUGUCAAAGAUCGCGUUCAAGGCACUCGACACGGUCCGACAUGUCAUUCUUGCACCCUGCAUUCACUCGUCCUCACUACCGUGGUAGAGGGGAAGAGCGAAAGAUUUGCUCGUGGUCGCGGAUCGACUAUAUUCUGUCCAAUGCAGUUGGGCGAACCGGUUGUUGAGCGCUUCUACGCUCUUCGAUGCGCCCUGUUCGGACCACAGACCUGUAGUUGCGACUUUCGCUUGCCUACAUCGAACGCUGAUGCCGACCCCCCUUUCUCUUCCCUCCACGAGCGAUUUCAUUUCGAGGCUCAACCCAAUGGUCUUUGACGAUCAAGACUUUGUCGCAUCGAUUCCCGGGGUCGUCGACGGGUCUAUCGAAGGCUCGAGGGGACCGCUCCGCCGGCGACGUCUAUGACGCCGCUCUGCGGGCGGUUGCAGUCGCUGGCCAUGCACGAUACCGCUCGACUCGUGCCGACAUGCGCCGACUGCGGGCCGAGAGCCAAUCCGUCAUGGAGGCUUUGGAGCACGCGGUGAGCACAUGAAUGAGGCCGAGCGCGAUGCGUAUGCUCAUGCCAAGUCGCGGUUGGACCAGUUGGCGGUAAAGGAGGCUCAGUGGCUGCGCAUUCGUGCGCAUUGCCGUCAGUCGACUCGAGGGAAGGUCAAUCGGCAAGCAUUCGCACGCGCCUCAACGCCGGAGUCGCAGACGAGCAUCGUCUCGCUGGAGGAUGUGGAUGGCACCGAGACCGUUGACAUGCAGGAGGCGCUGGGUAUUGCUUCACGGCACGCGCAGUCGCUCUCACGCCGGACCAGCUCGUGGCGACCCGACGAACGCACGCCGGUCCCUGCUCGACCCUAUUCGCGCAGCGAAAUGCUACGAUGACGACCGCUCGGACCCUACGUUCGGUCGUCGGCUGCCUCGUCAAGCGAGAGUGGCGCUUGACGAGCCCUUCACCCUCCUCGAGGUUGAAGCGGCGUUGAAGAAGACGGAUUCGGGGCGAUCACCGGGGCCCUCGGGCAUUCCGUACGAGCUCUUCAAGGCGCUGCCAACCUACUUUGCUCCCAAGCUGUUGGACUUGUUCAACUCGAUUUGGGAGGGCGGCAAAAUGACGGCGUCUUGGGGGGCUGGUGCGGCUCUUGCCCAAGAAUAAACCGGGGGCCAAUCUGAAAUCACUGGGGGCAUACCGACCGAUCACAUUGCGCGAGACGACCUACAAGGUCCUCAGCAAGGUCUUGGUGGCGCGACUCAAUGGGGUGCUCGGCGAGCUUUUGCCGCCGGCGCAACACGGUUUCAUGCCAUCAAGACGUUCAGCGGACGCGGGAAGUCAUCUCACUCUCCUUCUCGAAAAACUCAAGUCGCUAGGCAUGAUUUUUCCCCGAGGGCGCCCUCUUGUCUUUGGAUCAGCAGAGCGCGUACGAUCGGGUCGAUCACGCCUGGAUCUUCGAGGUCUUUGAGGCCUUUGGGUUCGGUGAGCGUUUCAUCUCGCUGCUGCGCGCUCUCUACGAUCCCGAGACUCUGGGGGUGCGCUACCUUGUCAAUGGGUUCCCCACGGACUUGGUGCGGUUGCUGUGUGGUCUCGGUCAGGGGGAUCCCCUCUCGUGCCCGGUUUGGAACAUCACGUUCCAGCCCUUCCUCGACGCCCUCGUUCGGCGCGGGGAUCGCGCUCGACCUGCAGAAGGUGUGGCCAGGGGGGCCGCGUGCGCAGCUUACGCAUCUGGCGUUUGCCGACGAUGCUGUGGUGGUGGUGGAGUCACCGGCGGCAUUGUCGAAGCUGCAAACGCUGUCGCAGACGUGGUACGAGGCUACCAACGGGAAGACCAACACGGACAAGACGCUGGUGCUACCACUCGGACCGAACUGGCUUCGGGACGAGACUGCGCAGGCGCUGCCAACGGUGCAGGAGGGGGAGAGCUUCAAGUGGUGCGGGCUAUGCCUUCUUUCGCCACGGUGA